GCUUAAGAUCCAGGUCUCCUCACCGUCUCCCGAGUGCUCUGCACAGCCUACCCCGACCCUAGCGGACCUCAGCAGAAAUGCCUCCGUCAUCUCUUCCUCGUCCAGCUCAAGUUCGACAUCCGACCUGACGCUGCAGACACCUGCUCGCCCACGUCCUCUGAGGACAUUCUCGUCGCCACGCACGGCCGUACGCUCGAGGAGUCCGCAGUCGCCCACCACACCGCGUGGUUCGAGACCGCCCGCGUACUUGGCUCGGGAGCUGGGCCUUUCCGAGGAAAGAGACGACGGACCGUCCGAACUAAGGCCGCAAGCUUCGCGUGCGCCAUCCAAGUCGCGUAAUAGCUCGGUUAACGGCCGUAUGGGUACUACUGCCGAUGAUUUUGAGUUUGGACGCAUAUUGGGGGAGGGUUCAUACUCGACGGUGAUGCUCGCGAAACACAAGACAACUCAACAGGAGUAUGCUAUCAAGAUACUCGAUAAGGGUCAUUUGAAACGCUUCGAAAAACUGCCGACCGCUCUCGCAGAAAAGAACACGCUGGUGAGAUUAGGUGCGGGGCACCCGGGGAUUGUGCGCCUACACUGGGCGUUCCAGGAUGAAUGGAGUCUAUACUUCGUGUUGGACCUUGCCAGGAACGGCGAGCUGCAAACGCGGAUAUCCCGGAUGGGGUCCCUGUCUCUCGCGUGCGGGCGCUGGUACGCUGCCCAAAUUGUGGACGCCCUGGGGUAUAUGCACUCGAAGGGGGUGAUUCACCGCGACCUCAAGCCGGAGAACUUGCUAUUGGAUGAUGCCUACCGGAUCAAGAUUACAGAUUUUGGCACGGGCAAGAUUCUGGAUUCGGGAGGCGAGCGCACCAAGACGUUUGUAGGCACGGCGCAGUAUGUGUCACCGGAAUUGCUUGAGGAUAGCGAGACGAGCAAGAGCUCGGACUUCUGGGCCCUGGGCUGCAUUAUCUACCAGAUGAUUGCUGGACGGUUCGCGUUCCAGGGGCUGUCGGAGUACCUCACGUGGCAGAAGAUCAAGCAGCUCGACUACUCAUUCCCCGAGGGCUUUGACGAACAGGCCAAGGAUCUCGUCCAGAAGCUUCUUGUCCGCGAUCCAGCGCAACGCUUGGGGGCUGGCCCACCCGGGAGUGGCUUUGACAUGCAGGCGCUACGUGCGCACCCUUUUUUCGGGUCGAUAAAUUGGGCCACGCUCUGGACAGAUCCGGUGCCGCCCCUCGAGCCUGGGCUGGUGAAGAAGGCGGAGAACGCAGGCGCCAAUAAUGUCCGGAAUUGGGAGGAUGUGGGCGCUGAAUGGGAUCAACUUGUCGGCGAUGGGGAGGGCCCGGACGACGACAUUAGCUGGGCCUCGGAUGGGGAGACCGCUGCUACGACGGGCCCCGGGACAAACACCCCAAACGGUUAUGCCUACUAUGAAGAGGUAGGCCCCAUGGGCGAGCGGCGCCCGUACGCCUUCCCACCAAUUCCAGAGCUCAGCAAUGGCGCAGAGGAACUCCCAAGGCCUCCGACAAAUGGCUUCACACAGGAGACGUCUAGUGAGAUGCCCGGCGUCCGGUUCUCCAGUGUCCCGCAGCAAAUUGGGUCUGCGGUUGUGGACGACGAACCGGUGAACGGCGUGCCCUCGUUGUUGAAUGUCCCUUCUGUUGUGAAGGCGCAGCCUAUCAAUGUCCCGGUGCCCCGCGCUGCCAUUACAGAUGCGUAUUCAUUAGAAUCGACGACAAGCUCGUCGGACGGUAGUCCGAUUGAGCACCUCGAAGCGGUUUUGGAGGCGUCCGGGAUCAAUCGCGGCCGAAAUCGCGCGCAGACGCCAAUCCAAGGCAAUGGACCGCCCGACGAGACAGAAUGGGUGUGGCUGCUCGGGCAAGGCGAGCAUAUUCUGUUCAACACCAGUAUAGAAUGCACCGCGCCGAAACGCAGAGCGAGCCGGUUACUCGCAAUGGCGGUCGCGCCCAAGAAGGUGAUGAAGACGCGAGACCUGAUUCUCACCAACCAGCGGCUCGUCUGCAUUAAGCGCAAGCCGUCGCGGUCCCCACAAAUAAGGGUCCAGGUAUUUGUCAAGCCAUGUGAGAAGGAGAAGGACGGGAGAAAUAUAAUAUCGGGCGUCGAGCCGAAGGGCGAGCGUGAAUUUGUUGUUAUGACGCCGACAAAGUCGCAUUCGUUCUCAGCCGGCAGCUCCUCGAUAGCAGCCAUGUGGAUACGCAAGAUUCGUGAGACCGUUGAGGCGACUGCGCCUGCGCCAGGCACCGCGCGCAAAGUCUCCAACUCACGAACACGGACGUAACUGUAUUUCUAUCAGUAUCGGCGCCUGUGCAUACUGUAUAUCUUAAUUCUGCUCCUCGGCUUGGGAUGGGACGUUGCUGUUGUUGGACACGCCUGCAUGCAAUGUAUUUAAGUAAUGGUUAUUCCUCAGUUGCACGUACAUGUACCCGUAGCUCACUAGCUUUUGCGCACAUACACCUUCCGCUUUGCAUCCUUUC